AUGCGUUGGCUUUUUCUCGCGUCGAUUGGCCUCACACAGGCAGUUGUCUCCGCCCAGACACCAGUAUCAUCGGACCUGUUCGACAAAUUGGUGCGAUACACGGCAUUUUCUGCCGCUGCGUAUCAGGAAGAUUGCGGAACACCACCAUUUGGCUCUACCAUUGUCAAGGGUGUCGACGAUGCCACUACGGGUACUCAUGCUACAAUCUUCCGCGACGAUAAAGCGAAGGAAAUAAUUGUUGCGUUUCGGGGUACCUCCUCGCCUAAGGAGCUCGACUCGGACCUUGCGUUCGCGCUUGUCCCCCUCAGUGCCCCUGGCACGAAUUGCUCCGAUUGCAAGGUCCACAAUGGGUUUCAAAGCGCUUACACCUCAGUCAUGAAGCCAAUUGGAACCACUCUGCAGGGAUUGCUCUGCGAGGAAGACUGGCGAUUUGUUGUUACCGGUCAUUCCCUUGGCGGGGGUAUUGCCUCUAUCGCGGCAACCUCCUUCGCGGGUAUGGGCUUCCAGGUGUCCGAAGUAUUCACCUUUGGUGAGCCGCGCAACGGCGAUGCGGCUUGGGCCAAACACUACAACUCAGUGAUCUCGGAUGACCACUACUACCGUGUGACGCACUCUUCAGACGGAGUACCGCAGAUUCCGCCAACGGUGCUGGGAUAUGCCCACCAUUCUCCGGAAUAUUUCCAAAGCCAGCAGACAAACAACUCGGCUGAAACCACUUUGAAAUGCGAAAUUGACUCCCCGAAAUGCAACGCCGGUCAAGAUUUCGGAAGCACUCUGAUCAAUAAUGCACACAUCACAUACAGCAACACCGUGAUUGGUAGUGUCUUGUUUGUUCCUGCGUGUGGCGCAGUGUGGCCCUGA